GAAAGUAGUCUUAAAAAAAGAGGUACUCAUAGCCAAUAAACAAGCCAUAGAAAUAGCGUUCAGUUUCCGGCGACCGAGAAUUUGAAAGUAGCCAUGUCAAUAUACGAUCAAGCGGCAGCUGCCGUGCUAUCGCAAAUAGCUACGGCGGCGGAUGGCGCACUUAUUGGCUUAGCCCUAGCUUACGUUGCCGUACGGAGUAUUGUCAAGUUCAAAGCCAAUUCUUCCGCCCUUCACAAAAUCAACGAUGCGCCGUCGCUUAAUGUCUCCGAUCUCCGUUCAUUACUUUCUUCUUCCGACAACUCUGAUAGUUCAAAUCAUUCCGAUGACGGUAAGCUUGUGAUUGUUCGCGGUACUGUGGAGGCGAAAUCGGCGGUUGAGGGUAACUGGAAAAGCUUGAGAGCUAAUAUUCUCUCAGCUCAUAAUUCUGCUGAAAAAGGCGUUAUAUUGCAACAUACUCAAACAUGUAUCUAUAAUGAGUGGAGAGGCUUCUUUUCGUGGGCUGGUGAUCUGUAUUCAAUAUUUCCAAGAGUCCGGAAGGAUCAACAAUCGUCCUCUUUGAGAACGGUUCCCUUUGUUCUUAUUGAAACUGGGAGGUGGCCGCAACCAAAAUAUGUUAAUGUCAAUAUGGAUGGUUCUACGCAUUCCCUACCUCUUGUGACAGUUUAUCAUCACUUGCAACCUUUACAUGCUACGCCUCUCACUUUUAUCCAGGCUCUCUUUGGUCAUCACUAUCCUGUUGGAGUAUUGGAUGAAGAAAAAAUUCUACCACUUGGUAAAGAUAUAACCGCUAUUGGUGUUUGCAGCUCAAAAGAUGGGAUUUUGGAGAUCAAAUCAUGUGAAGACCUACCCUAUUUCUUGUCUGAUAUGACCAAGGAUCAAAUGCUGGUAGAGCUUGCCUUCAAAACAAAAAUUCUGAUGUGGAGUGGAGUUUUAUUUGGUUCAGUUGCAGUUGGUGUCCUUGGAUAUGCUGUUGUGAGGAACUGGAAUCGAUGGAAGCUGUGGAGACACCAGAGGCAGGCUCAGCAACAAAGGGAUGCUGCAAGCAAUGACGAUGAUGUGCAGGUUAGUGCUGAUGAGGAAUCUGGAGAUGUUCCCGAUGGUCAGUUGUGUGUGAUAUGCCUUACGAGGAGGAAGCGCGCAGCAUUUGUUCCGUGUGGACACCUGGUAUGUUGCCAGCGCUGUGCCUUGUCAGUUGAACGUGAUUUAGCACCCAAGUGUCCUUUAUGUAGGCAGACAAUUCAUAGUUCUGUAAGGAUAUAUGAUUCUUGACGAGCAAAUAGUUACGAGUUAUUUUGAGUAGCUGAUGCUGGGAAGGUGGUUGUGCAUUUGUAAAGCAUGUGAUGAAAACUACAUUGGACUGUCUCAUGGGAGGAUGGUCGUUGAUAUUCCGAGGGGAUUAGAUACUAGAAUUUAACAUGCAUAUUUUUCGUGUCUGUACAUACAUUUUUUGCUGACUCAUUAUUGUACCCUUAAAGACAAUAUUCAUUACAA